CAAAAAUAAUGUUUCAACACGGUCCACACAACUUUACCUGUGACAAAUCAUUGUUUCAGUUCUUGCAAUACAACUUGAACACCUAACUACAAUGAUUUCACUAGGGAAGUUCAGAACAUUAAAACACACUUCCUAGUUCCUAGUUCCUAGUUCCUACGUAGUACUAUGAUUAUGGGAUUCACAAUCACAAGUCACAAUAGCUUAGUAAAUUCUCUGCUCCUAUUUUCCAUCAUUUUUCUGGGUUUUACCUCUGCGAAGGAUACAAUCACAUCAUCUAAGUUCAUCACAGACUCAGAGUCAGAGACAGUAACCUCAAGUGACAGUAUCUUCAAACUGGGAUUUUUCAGCCCUGAAAACUCCACAAACCGCUACAUAGGAAUCUGGUAUGUCAAUGUCUCCAACAUCAUAUGGAUAGCUAAUAGAGACCAACCACUGAAAGAUUCUUCUGGGGUUUUCAAGAUCUCUGAAAAGGGUAAUCUUGUGGUGCUAGAUGGAAAAAAACAGGUACUUUGGUCAUCAAAAGUGUCAACAACUUCAAAUAGUACCACUGCUCAACUUCUACGAUCUGGAAACCUUGUGCUGCUAGAUGAUACCACUGGAAAUACUACAUGGGAGAGUUUCAAACAUCCUUGCGAUGUGGCGGUGCCGACAAUGAGAAUCAGUGCUAAUAGAAUCACUGGGGAGAAGUCAAGGUUCAUAUCAAGGAAAAGCACUUCUGACCCUUCAAGUGGAUAUUUCUCUGCUUCUCUUGAACGCUUGGAUGUGCCAGAAGUGUUUAUAUGGAUUAAUGGAACGCGCCCGUAUUGGAGAACUGGUCCAUGGAAUGGUAGGGUGUUUGUUGGGGUGCCACUCAUGUCAACUGGGUAUCUAUAUGGAUGGAAUGUGGGAUAUGAAGGCAAUGAAACUGUUUAUGUGACUUACACUUUUGCUGAUCAAUUUGCAUUUGCUACCAUGACUUUUACUCCACAAGGUAAAGUUAAAGUGGUGAGAUAUCAGGACAAAAAAGAACAGUGGACUCUGAUGUUGGAAAUUUCUGAUUGUGAUGUUUAUGGCAAAUGUGGGGCAUUUGGAAGCUGUAAUGGGCAGAGCUCACCAAUGUGCAGUUGCCUGAGAGGAUAUGAACCAAAGGUUCCAGAGGAGUGGAAUAGGAAGAAUUGGACUAGCGGGUGUGUGAGAAAGGAAGAACUGAAAUGUGAGAGGCUAAAGAAUGGAAGUGAAGCUGCUGGCCAAGAAGAUCAGUUUUUGAAACUUCAAAAGAUGAAGGUUCCAGACUUUGCAGAGAGGUUAGAUGUUCAGGAAGGGCAAUGUGGAACCCUUUGCUUGCAGAACUGCUCUUGUUUGGCAUAUGCAUAUGAUGCUGGUACUGGCUGCUUGCACUGGGGAGGAAGCUUAAUUGACUUGCAACAAUUCACAAAUGCAGGACUUGAUCUUUACAUCCGUCUUGCCUAUUCAGAAUUUCAACUCAGUAAUGCGGAUAAGCAUACAGAUAAAAGAAGAAAUAGAUUAAUCAUUGGAAUUACAGUGGCAACUGGAGCAUUUAUUUUGGUCGUUUGUGCAUGUCUAGGAAGCUAUAGAUAUCGCUCGAAGAAAGGAGCUUCUGACAGUUCAGAAAGUGAGAGUCAAAGAAUGACUGGGGUGGUCCAAAAACAAGCUAAACUGGAUGAGCUACCACUAUAUGAUUUUGAAGUGGUUGCAGCUGCUACAAACAACUUUCACAUAGCUAAUACACUUGGCAAGGGAGGUUUUGGUCCAGUGUACAAGGGACUAUUGCCAGAUGGUCAGGAAAUUGCAGUGAAAAGACUCUCCAAAACAUCUGGGCAGGGGCUAGAUGAAUUCAUGAAUGAGGUGGCGGUGAUUUCUAAGCUUCAACAUCGCAAUCUUGUAAGACUUCUUGGCUGCUGCGUUGAAGGAGAAGAAAAGAUUCUGUUAUAUGAGUUCAUGCCAAAUAAGAGUUUGGAUGCAUUUAUAUUUGAUCCAAUCCAGCGAAGACUUCUAGACUGGACAAAACGUUUUAAUAUAAUUGAAGGAAUCGCUCGGGGCAUACUUUACCUUCAUAGAGACUCUAGAUUAAGAAUCAUACACAGAGAUUUGAAGGCAAGCAAUAUCUUGCUUGAUGCUGAGAUGAUUCCAAAAAUUUCAGACUUUGGUUUGGCUAGAAUACAUAAAGGCGAAGAUGAGAUUAAUACCAAAAGGGUUGUUGGCACAUAUGGCUAUAUGUCCCCUGAAUAUGCAAUGGAAGGAUUAUUUUCCGAGAAAUCAGAUGUAUAUAGCUUUGGGGUUUUGUUACUAGAGAUUGUUAGUGGAAAAAGAAACACUAGCUAUCGUAAUGAUGAUGAGGCUCUCAGUCUUGUAGGAUUUGCGUGGAAUCUAUGGAACGAUGACAAGAUUAGGUCUUUGAUCGAUCCAGAUUUAUCAACCUCAGGUUCUGAGAAUCAUAUUUUGAGGUGCAUCCACAUAGCAUUUCUGUGUGUGCAAGAAGUUGCAAAAACAAGACCAACUAUGACUACUGUAGUCUUGAUGCUUAAUAGUGAGAUUUCCAGUCUCCCUCCUCCUAAGCAAGUUGGAUUUGUGCAGAAGCAAAACUCAUCAAGUGUAGAGUCUUCUUCUCAGGAAAAUCAGUGCAAUUCCAGCAACAAUGUAACAAUUACUGAGGUCCAAGGGAGAUAACAAUAUUGAAUCUUUGUCACUGUGGUAAUUAAUGUCAUUCUCCAUGCUAAAGAUAUUAAAGAUACUAAGACCAAAAACACUGACUAAUGCCGACUUAAAAAUUCAUAUUUUUUGGGUACAAA